GAAAGUACAGGUGUCGGUGUCGCUCCAGCGUGCCUGUGUACUGUAGUAAAUUGAACAAGCAUAACAGGGGCGUCAUUACGACACGGUACGGAGAGAAGAAACUCAAAGCAUGAAUCAUCAGUCACAGUUCCCCACUCACUAAUCGGAGCCAGCGUUCGCCAAGACGACAACAAAGCGCGCACACAUAGUGCAAAAGGAAGACAAAAAAGGCAUCCGCGUACGGCAGGCAGCUACUCUCCGGCGAUCCGGUGGAUGUAGGAGGUAGAGUACACUCCGGGUCCAACCCCUAGGGAUAGUCGUAAAAGUGAAAAACCCUCAGGUGUACGUUCGUAAAAAGCUAAGCUAAAUUGGUGGUGUGCAUUCAGACGUCGCGACGACCGUCCGUGAUUGGGCGCUGUCCCCGUGGUCGCGGUAGUCGGUGGCGGUAGCAGGCGGCGCCAUAGCAGAUUGCUGGUGUUGUGCGCGGUGCGUUACGCGUACAUAGAACAACGGCGGACGACGGUACACGUUGGGCGUGCGUGUGUGUCGCGUCACCGCAACAAUUAUCGACAAAGUGAAGGCGAAGAGGAGACUGACUGCGAGCAACGGAUGGAUUUACAUGACGGUGAGGACGCAGUGACGGGACCCUCAACGAGAACUAGUUUUCUGGACUCGACUUCACCACAGAUAGGCCUCCUACAGGGGGGACACAACAUUUCCGCGACGGCAGCCGAGAGUAGUGCUAAUAAUCGUAGUAGGCUGGAAAAGCAACAGUUCGACGAAAGCAGCACAACAUCGCAUUAUCGACGGAUUCACAGUCCGGCGGGGCGGAAUCAUCAGCCAAGGCAGCAACGAUUAGGCAGCAGUGGCAGCAGCACCGGUGCUUGCGGUGGUGGAGGCAGCGAGAGCGGCCGGAGAGAUAAGCUCCGCACAGAAAGGACACGGGAGGAGACGACACCAGUGGGUGGAAGAGCACCGCUGGCAAUGACUACGACGACGAUGGAGAUGCUAACGACAGCGACAACAACCACGCCUGCGACGGCCAAUUCGUCCGCGAUUGGCAGUACAACGGUAACCAGCGGCAGUGGUGGAAGUGGUUUGGAGGAAAUGAUGAGGGGCGCGAUGGCCGUGGACUACAGCAACCUUUCCGGUGUCGGACCGUUGCUGGAGGAAAUAGACGGUAAUGUUACGACUGUUUCGCAGCACAGCAAUGAUUCGAUAGAGCGCACUGGGCUGGCCGGUUCCACCGGUCAGGCGCACGGUAAUGUGCACCAUAAAGGACACUCCCGGGGGAGCAGUGCCCCGCUGGCGUACGAUCGUAUCACGACCAAGAUCGCCUGCACGAAGGAGCUGAUCCGCAAGGAGCAGGAAACUCGCGAUUCCAACGUGAACGAGUAUCUGAAGCUUGCGGCGAACGCCGACAAACAGCAGCUGCAACGCAUCAAGGCGGUGUUCGAGAAAAAGAACCAGAAAAGCGCCAACAACAUUUCGCAACUGCAGAAGAAGCUGGAAUCGUACAACAAGCGCUACAAGGAUAUGCAGCAAACGCAACAAAAACAACAACAGCAGGCUGCACACCAGCAGCAACAUUCACAGCAGCUGCAGCACCAACAACAGCAACAGGCUGCAGCUGCUGCUAACAACAUGCUGCUGCAGCAGCAGCAGCAGCAACAACAGCAACAACAGGGUGUACAACUAACGGGCGGUAGCCAGACCUUACCGCCCAAUCUUCAACAGCUUGCAACCGCAACCAGUCAGCAGCAGCAGAGCUUUCUGCAACCUCGCGAGAUGCUCCGGGACGUUGGUCAGGGGCUGAGAAACGUCGGGGGCAAUAUUCGGCAUGGGGUGACUGGCCUAUCGGCUACUGUGAUAUCGAAACCACGUAAAUUCGCCCAUCUUAUACGGAACAAGUUCGGCAGUGCGGAUAACAUUAAUCAGCUAACGUCGACUUGGUACACUGGGAGUGCUGCUGAUAGCGAGCUCUCCGGGAUGGACGUUACGGGUGGUGCGGAGGGGCAGCAAACGACACCGAACACUAGUGGUCCUGGCGCAGGGACAGGGCAAAGCAAUCAACAUAACACUAGCAUAAGUGACAGCGAAGGCAGACGGGCAGGUGGUGCUCAUGGGCAAGCAGCAGGACAACAUCAGCAGUUGCAUGCAAUGUCCUCGGGCCAUCGUCAUCACGGGCCUGGCCCUGGAGGAAAGUACAGCGAGCACGAUAGUGAAUGUAGCAGCGUUACAAGUGAUAGCAUCCCGCUCGGCUCGGAUAAGCAUCGGUUGAGUUGCAGCCAGCGUUGCGUCAAUUACAAAGCCCUAGCCGAGCUGCGCGAUGAAUACCAGAAGCUGAAGGAGCGGCUUGACCGGGUCGAGCUGAUCCAGAAGGAUGUCUCGGAGCUUUCGAUGUCGCUGGAAAACGAGCGGUAUCGAGCGGAUCGGCUGGAAGAGCAAAUCAACGAUCUCUCGGAGUUGCACCAGAACGAGAGAGAAAACUUGAAACAAGCGAUCGCCGACCUCGAGGAGAAGGUGCAAUAUCAGAGCGACGAGCGAUUACGCGACGUGAACGAGAUCCUCGAGAAUUGCCAAACGCGCAUCUCGAAAAUGGAGCAACUGUCCCAGCAGCAGUACGUGACGGUUGAAGGCAUCUACAACUCGAACGCGCGUGCCGUGGUGGUCAAGCUGAUCAACGUCGUGCUGACCGUGUUGCAGGUGAUCCUGCUCCUGGUGGCUACGGUUGCUGGGAUUAUAGUGCCAUUUCUCAAAACACGGCUGCGUGUGCUCACGACGCUGUUCUGCACACUUGUGCUGAUAGCAAUUGUGCGGCAGUGGCCGGAUGUACGCGACACCGGAGUGCAUCUGAUACGGAUUUUACGUAGUCAAGUCGUUAGCGACGGCACAACCUAGUAGUGCGGUGUUGAUCUAGCCCGUUGCCUUUUGUGGCUUUGUAUUUUUAGAGAAUGAGUGCGAUAACUCGGAAAAAGACGCAAAGACCAAAUUAAUUGCAUGCUCAUACGACGUACGCACGAGCGUAUGAAACGACGAUCCGAUCACCAAAUGGAACACGUUUGAUAAGACAUAAUAACGAAAUUUGCUCAAAAUGCAUUCGAAGAGUAUCACCCUCCAGAUAACGAAUUAUUAAAAUAUUGGCAUAUUGUUAGCAGAACAAGAAUCCAUCCACGAUAAGCUUCUCACAAAGAAUACGAAAUAGUCACAAGAAGAAAAAAAACAGAUAAAUCGGUAGUAUUAAUGCAAGUAGAAUAAAAUACGGGAUACUAGCGGUCCAAUAAGUAUCGAACAUGUGCAAUACUCUUUGUUACAAUAGGCCAUAUAUUAUCACACACAAUCCUGAGUCAGUUUUGCGUAGGAUCUAAACGAUUGUUUUUCUACUCUCAAAGCUAUUAUCUUCAAAAGCAUUCAUUGCAGUUAUUCACAAUAGAGGCAACAGUGCAAAUGUAGUAGUGUUUUCAAGUUCUCGCCAAAAUUCAUCAUAGUGGAACACGAUCAUGAGUGCAUUUGCUGAUGCAGACAGUAAAGCUAAAACAUCAAAUUAUUUGACUUGGUCACACAGCCGCAAAAUUGUUGGCGCAGCAUUAGAAAAUUUCGCGCGCGUUUUUGCCAUAUUCGUAGUCAAUGCUAGAACAGCGAACGUGUACCGACGAUCUAUGUGGUUGUUUCCCAAUAUAAUGCGAAUAUAAAACCGGUACAUUACUGUAGCACAUACGUAACAGUUACCUUCAAGUUUUCACUUUUGAGUAUUUGUCCCGGCAGAUGAAGAUCGGCAAAAGCGUCACCAGGAAAAGAGGUAGCUUGUGCGCAGUUCGUCGUUGAAAGUUAAGAAUGAAAUCGCUUAACGGUCGUUGUUAUAUGUAUAUUCUUAUGCUAUUGAGCUUCGUAUAUGAUUUUUUCAUUCGAUAAGAGCAAUAUUAAGUUAUUAUUUGUAUGAUAGAAACAAAAAAAAACACAGUUAGCUUAUAAGCUACAAUUUUUAAAUGUAUUGUGGUAAAAGUUAUUGAUAUUGGACCGGAAUAAUACGGAAUAUUAGCGCAUUCAAGGCAGCGCGAUAAUUAGGCGAGUUUAAAAAAGGGACAACGGGCACACGAUGCGAAAUAUGUAGCGUUAUUGUCGUUUAAUAGCAGCAAUAGUAGAAACAUUAGAGGGUUUACACCGAAAAGCGAUCCAGAAGCAAAUGUGUGUGACCGAAUGCGAAAAAUAAUAUUAAAAAUAAACACGGCUACACAAGGUACACAAUCGUACGAAAAAGAAAGGAAACAAUAACACAUGAGGUUGCAAACCAAACCGCGACAAAGUACACAAACUAAACAAACACGAACGUUCGACACCUGAAAAAAUGUUGGCAAUGACUUGGUGGAAAUUGCUCCUACGGACACAAUUUAGUGGGAUAUUUAAGAAUAUUUCAAUUUUCAAUGUUCAAUCAAAACAAAAACCAACAACACACACAUUAGUAACCAACCAUCGGGUGAUAUUUCCGAAAUAAGCGAUUUGGCGGGAGAUAGGAGUCGGACAUUGUGGUACAUUCAUGUAGUAAUGCAUGAUUGACAUACAUUCAUCAGCAUUACCAAAUGAAGCCGACUUCUUCUUUCGUUCACUCUCUCUCUCUCUCUAUAUAUUUAUGUUUCUCACUCUAGAGAUUCGGAAAAUAAAGGAAAGACGA